AUGAAAGAAAAAAUCCUAGCCAUUUCUCCAAAUAGUCAAGAACAAGAUAAGGUUAGAUGGCAACACCACUCCUCAGGAAUUUUCUCUGCAAAAAAUGUCUACAAUUUCCUUAUUAACCAAGACCAAGAUAACAACAACUCAGUUGAAGUUCCUUGGCAAAAUAUUUGGAAAAUUAAAGUGAUUCCGAGGAUUAAGUUAUUCAUUUGGAAAUUAGCUCAAAAAGCUCCCCCAACAAAUGCAAGACUUGGAGCACACAACAAAGAUUUCAAAACGGAUUUCCCAAUGUGUAAUGCCCAAGUACAAGAAACAGAGCAACACCUACUAAGAUCUUGUCCUUUUGCUAGAGCUGUUUGGUUUGGGCUCUCCCUAGAAGUAGUCAACUCAAGAAUCACUACAGAUUCAAUCGCAACAUGGAUUAAAGAGUGGAUUACGGAACCAGAUUUUGAAAAACUCUCUGAUAAAAUUGCAACAAUCUCUUGGUUUAUAUGGAAAUAUAGAUGCUCAGUAGUUUUUGAUAAAACUAAACCAAACCCAAAUUCUCUUAUAGAACAAAUAAGAAAAUUCUUACAACAAUACCCUCAAGAGAAUAUUGAGAAGAACAAAAGGGUUCAAAAAGGUAAGAUAUACGAAGAAAAAUGGUCAAGAAUAACGUCGGACUGGAUUCUAUUCAUAGAUGCGGCUUUUAAAAAGGAGAACUCAACCAUGGGAUAUGCUUUCAUACUAUAUUCAGUGGAAAACGAAACUUUUAUGCAAAUUGCAGCGGGAUCAGAUAGAGCUUCUUCAGCAUUCCAUGCAGAAUCAAAAGCUUUAUUAAAAGCCUCCUCUUGGCUGAGUGAUAAUAUUUUAUCUAGUGUUACUUUAGUUACAGAUUGCAAAAUGCUAGCUGAAACCAUCAAUAAAGAAUGUAAGAUCCCAGAUUGGAGUGCAGGAAACACCAUAAAGGAGACCCAAACAAUUCUGCAAAAACUCCCUCAAGUUCAGGUGCAAUAUAUUAACAGAAGAUAUAACUCAGCAACGAACAAGGUAGUUAAGGAAGCGCGGGCAAAGAAUUUUCGAAAUUUCUCGAACCAAAUUCAGCUAAGGAUAUCUCAUUCCAGUGUGAUGUCUAAUAUUUUUGAGAGAAAAGAUAUUGUAAAUCUUAGGUACUUUAUUGCUUAA